GCGGCGCUGGCGAGCGCGGUGCAGGAAGUCGACGAGGAGAGCCGGGAGGCCGAGAGGCGGGUGGCCCGGGCGAGGGAGCGCAGGGAGAGGAUCCGCGAGGCGAGGGAGAUGAGGAUGGAGAACGGUGAGAUGCCCGAGGACCAGGAGGAUGAAGAGGAGGAGGAGGAAGGAGAAGAAGAUGAAGACGACAUCCAGAUCACAGGCCCCCUCCAGCGCCUCAGGGAUAACAAGAGGAAGCUGCUCUCCGACUACGAGGGCAAGAGCUUGUAUCAGCGCUAUGGCCUGAAUAACGACUACAUCAACUUCAAGAAGCUGUGGCACCUGGCGCUGCAGCCGCCGGGCGCCGAGGAGAAGCCCCUGCCCGACGCCACGAGGUGGUUCGACGGGAGGAACGACGACAGCGACGACGAAGAGGACGAGGACGAAGAUGUCGUCGUUGCUGGUGAGGUUAGGUCCCUGCGCUGCCCCCUGAGCCAGGUCAUGAUGACGGAGCCGUACACGAACCGUGACGGAUGCAAACACACGUUUGAGAAGGCGGCCAUCUUCGAGUAUCUAGGUAACAAGCCGGGACGGAGAGGAAUGUGUCCACAGACGGGUUGUGGAAAGGAGGUCGCACUCAAUGACUUCAGCCUCGACCAGUAUGUCCUGCGACAGAUCAAGCGCGCGCAGCGACAGAAUGAUGGAGAAGACGACGAAGAAGAUGAAGAAGAUAUGGAGGACGAGGAGGGUCAGGAUGAGAGUAUGCUAGUCACCUCGCAACGAAACAUCAAGAAGGAGCGGAGAAGAAGGGACGACAUGGAUGAUGAUGAGGAUUAGGACAUGGACCAAGCUCAAUGAUACCCCAUAUCGGACCAUUAUUUUCCCAGAGAAACGGUAAAAAAGCAUCACACGGUCUGUCUUGCGAGAAACUGGUUCAGAUUUGUAAUGCUAGAAAGGACGUUGAGAUGUCUUCGCGUGACAUUACAUCACGCACAGCCGCGAAUUAAUGAAACCAAGCCCAUGUUU